AUGAUAAACCUCGUCUCAAUACAAUGUGCGGAUGGUUCGCUAUUUUCUGGUGUGCCCCUCAAUCUGUGGUUUACUCUUGAGCCUGCACAAAAACAAAUCACAAACUCUCAAUGGAAAAAAUACGUCAAUAAAUUACUAAACAAUCUUCAGUUCGGAUAUAGAAAAUUCAAUCUUAUCAUGUCAUCUAUAACUGACCCGACAAUUAGCAAGCCAGUUCAAUUGGAAUUCUGCUCAUUAGAAAAACUGUCUCCCGAUGCAACGAAUACAUUGAUUACAGAUAAAAUCAGAUUGAAUUGUCCAAUCGCUAUACUAGGUGCUGGUAUAACCGGAUCUCAUACUGCUUAUCGAUUAAGUCCAAGUUUCAAAAAUAAUUUAUGUAUUUUCGAACGUGAAAAUUAUCAAUAUGAUUAUCAAACUACAUUAAUUAAAACACGCGGAAAAUUCUAUACGUCAUAUACGAAUUUGGAUUGUACAGAUGAUUCCAGUGGUACGAAUCCACAAGAUCAAUUAUGGGUGAAGUCAUUAGAAGAGUACGGAAAGAAUUCUGCAAGUUCAUACAAAUAUACAGAUGUCAAUGCAUUUUGUCGUCAUGUUCUCGGUGAUGAAGCAGCAGAAUACUUAACAGAUUUAUUUAGAUUUCGAGCCGAUUUCUUAAACACCGAUGUUUAUUCGUAUAUGGAAUUUCUCCAACAAUAUUUCAAUCUCAUCGCUCCGAUUUAUUACGCACAUCAAGGUUUAUCACAAAUAGUUAAAAGAAUGCUUUACAAUGCGACCAAUUUCAAUCAGGUUCGAUUAUAUGUAAAUGAACCUGUGGUAGAAAUCAAUGAAAAUAUCGAUAAAAGUUUUUCCGUGGAAACAACGAAUUAUAGCAAUACCUCCACUUGGUUGGUCAAAUAUUCAAGGCACAAUUGCUAA